AUGUCCGAGGUGUACAGCAUCGAGCCCAAAACGUCUGGCAAGCUAACCAUCUACACGAGCCUGGGGGAGUUGGAGGUACAUCUUUUUUCCAACGAGUGUCCAGUAGCAUGUCAGAACUUCAUCCAGUUAUGCCUAAAUAACUACUACAAUGGAAAUAAGUUUUUCCGAAUAAUUCCCAAGUUCUUAAUCCAGACAGGGGACCACACCAACACGGGACUACACAACGAGUAUGCCUUCAAGGAACCCUUCCAGAAUGAGUGUAACCGGCGAUUGAAGUUCCUCUACGCGGGAUGUAUAUCUUUCGCAAACCUAAAUAUAGAGAAGCCAUCCAAUGGAAGCCAAUUCUUUAUCACCCUAGAUAAGGCAGAAUACUUGAACAACAAGAGCACCCUGUUCGGGAAGGUUGCGAAACAUAGCAUCUACAACCUGCUAAAAUUUAACAACAUAAAGACAAACAAGAAUGAUGAACCGAUAGAAGAUGCUCCAUACAUUCAGUACAUUAAAAUUGAGGAAAACCCUUUUCACCACCUUGUUCCUUAUGCGAAUUAUGAGAGGGAGGUGAAGGAAAAAUGUCAUGAAGACGGACGAAGGGAGCUCCAUAGGGAAUCGAAAAGGCUCAAGGGGAAUUUGCUCUCCUUUGGCUUCGACGCGGAAGAUACGGAUAAGGAGGAGGAAAUGGCCGAUAAAGGAGAAGAUGAAAAUGACGGGGAAAACGAUGAUGAAGAAGGAGCAGUCGAUGGGGGAAAGGAACAGGAGGAGAGGGAGAGUCAAUCGGGCGACACCCCCCACGACCGAUCCACCGCAGAAGACAUAACAAAUCGAAACCCACCGGAAGAAGAGCUCCAAAGGGGAACAUCCCUAGGGAGGAACAAGAGGGACAACAAAAUUGUGGAGGAAAAAAUCGAUAGGCUGAAAAAAAAAACAAACGACAUUGAAAUGGACAAAGCGAAAAGGAAGGAAAGGGACUCUGCUGUGAGGGAUCUGGGUAGUUUGGAUGAAGCUUAUUUGAGAAAAAUCAGGAAGUACAACAAGAUGUCUAAGCGUGAGAGGGAGAAGCAGUCACUGCAAAAACUUGAAGAAUUCGAUAACAGGCUAAAGGGGCUCUUUUCCCGUGACGGAGAAACCAACAAAGCGUUAAAGCAUGACUGGCUGAACACCCAGGGGUUGAAGUUCCGAAUUGAUUCCGCCAAUGCAUACGAACAUGAAGACAUAAAGAAGAAAGUGGUUAAUCCAAUGGACAGUGAGAACAAGCGUCCCUAUGAUUCCAAGUUCAGCAUGGAGAAAUAUAUAAAGGAGAAGCGAUCGAAGGAAGACCCCGCGAAGUAG